GCGCGGGGGGCUUCCUCUAUAAAUGCGGCGCUGGCGCGCGGACUCCAAGACUGCGUCACUGGUGCCAAGGAAGCGCGCGCGCGGAAUCGUCGUAUCCCCAUCCGUUCAUCAUCUUUACACCAUGAGUGAGAGACCAGGAUCCGGAGCACCAACCGGACUCAGCAAACCCUCAGGGGUUGAAGAUGCAUCCAAGAAGGACGUCCCUCCUGAGGACUUCGACAUCGACAUGGACGCCCCCGAGACGGAGAAGGCCGCCGUCGCCAUCCAGUCGCACUUCAGAAAGUACCAGAAGAAGAAGCAGGAUACGAAGCCAUAGGAUGUGCCGGCUGAACGCAGCCCGAAGCUGAUUGCAUGUUUAAUAAAGCGCACUGUCAUGGACUCAAGGGUGGGGAUUAUAUUAUGGUGGAGGUGAGGGGAAAAGGGACUUGAAGUGAAUCAUCGGUUCGUCUGUCACUGGCAUCCAUCUGGAACAAUAAGCCUGAUCGUUUCAGAUUUGAUUCCUGUCUGUUCGUGUUCGGUUAUUUGUCUUCAGUUUAUUGCUUUUUCUUACUGAAUUUCUUCUCUUGUUUUGGUUUUGAAAGCUUCAUGCUUGUCAGUACUGACAUUUUUAAAAGAAUAUUUCACCCUGUAUGUGUUAGUCUGUGAUCAUAUUCUGUUCAUAACAUGGAACAAAGAAAUGAGCUGCAGAAAAGAUACUCUAAAAUGUCUGGCAUCACUGUAAAUCUGGUUUUCUUAUGAGUACAGUGUUAUUUGGGGAAAAACAAAGCAACUCCAGAUUAUGAGUAAUCUAAUCCAAUCCCUUUCUUUAUGACUGUUUCACUUUCAUAUGCACUGGUUACUGCGUUUCUAUUAUUUGUUGUCGUCUGGCUUCAUCAGUGUGUUUUGUGCUUGAACCUUAAUCGUCUCCCCGCAAGAGUUUCAUCAAGUAAAUGUGCCAAGUGCUACACUAUACUGUCCAUCCAACACUUUGAAAUGAUAUACACCCUUAAUAUGAGCGAAUAAAUAUUUAAGAACAGA